UUAGAAACUCGGCAGAUGGAAGUGAUGACUGACGAGCAAGUCAAAGCCUUAAUAUCAAGACACGAGCCUGAUGCCACAUUACGCGCUCAGAAUUGCCUCUCUUUCGAAGGGUUUGCUCGGUACCUCAUGGACAAGGAAAACUUUAGUUUCAUUUCAGAAACGGAAGCUCCAGUUGAGGGCAACAUGACUCGCCCUCUAUCUACUUACUACAUAGCCUCGUCUCACAACACCUAUCUGACUGGUCACCAACUGAAAGGAGAGUCUUCAGUAGAACUUUAUAGUCAGGUUUUACUGACAGGCUGUAGAUGUGUGGAGCUCGACUGUUGGGACGGAGACGACGGAUACCCCAUGAUCUACCACGGGCAUACUUUCACCACCAAAAUUCCUUUCAGUGCUGUAGUAGAAACUAUUGACAAGAAUGCCUUCGUGACGUCUCCGUACCCAAUUAUUUUAUCGAUAGAAAAUCACUGCUCUCUACAGCAGCAAAACAGAAUGGCUCAUAUUUUUCAGAGGAUCUUUGGAGACAAACUAGUGACCUCAUUUCUAUUCGACUCGGACUAUAGUGAUGAACCAUCGUUGCCUUCCCCGGAGCAAUUGAAGAAUAGGAUACUGAUAAAAAAUAAGAAAUUAAUAAUGGACGUACCGCCACCACUGACUUUUGCAACCAUGUCGACACCGAUAAGGCCGGGAAGUGGAGGGAUGCGACAUUCGGUGCCUGGACGGACAAGCUCGAUCAUCAGUAACACCAGCAGCAGUUCGUUUAACGAUGACUUUAGUGAUGAUGAUUACGAUGAUGAAGAUGACGAAGACAAUAUUGAUGAGAAACCAAUUCACGGUAUCAAUAUCACCGACUCCCCACGACCAUACGGUGUGCCUCACGCAGUUUCCAAGACGAGUUCACAAAAGAGAGCUGCACCAGAUGAUAAACUGAAGAAGAAAAGCAGCCAAAUAUCCAAGGAAUUAUCUGAUAUGGUAGUUUACGUGCAGGCUCUAAAAGCUAAUAAAGUAACAAACUGCCAGAAUCCACAUCAUGUGGAGAAUUAA